AUGACUCCUCGAGAAGAAAGUACACAAACAGAUCAAUCACUUGCUGUAACUGGUUCAUUAUCUAGUUUGAAAUUAACAGAUGUCCUGAAAUUUAUCUCCUCAUUGCUAUUACCGCUCACAUUAGGUGUAUUCACUGUUAUCAUCACUGUUCAACAGCACGAAGUAGCUAAACAACAACGUGAACAAGAUCAAAGAUCAUCCGAAUUGCAACGUGAGCAAGAAAAACACUUGAACGACGAAAGAUAUAAAAACGACCGUUUAGAUACUUACAUUAAGGAGAUGGGUAAACUAUUAGAAAAACAUAAUGGAUCAAUAAUAUCAAGCGAUGUGGGAAUUACGCUUGCUCGAGUCAAGACCCUGAAUGUCUUUCGUCAAUUAGAUCCGCAACGCACUGUUCGUGUUAUUCGAUUUCUCUACGAAGCGAAACAACUUACUGAUACACAGGAAAAUCGCUCAUUGGAUCUUUCUACAGCAGAGCUUUUUGAUAUUGAUUUUCGUAAUUCAUCAGUCAAUAAAAAGAAACUGAAUAGUUUAUCGUUGACCAGUAUGUACCUAUCGAAUACCACAUUUAUAGGUUUGGAAAUGGGACACGUCAAGUUCAGUGAUACUCAAUUUACCAUCGUAAAUUUCUCAUUGAGUAAUAUCAGCCAUGGCGACUUUUCAUCCACUACUUUCAAUAAUGCUAAUUUUUUAUAUGCUAAUUUAUCCGAUACUACUUUUGAAAAAGCCCAGCUAAAAAAUAUGAAUUUCUCAUAUACUCAUAUGAAUAGUGUUAGUUUCACGUAUAGCUCUCUACGCAAUAUCAAUUUUUCAUGCGCACACCUUGGCAAUGUUAAUUUCCCAUACGCACAACUUGUCAAUGUCAGUUUUCUGUCUGCUGAUCUGAGCUAUCCGGAUUUUCGGGGUGCUAAAUUUCAGAAUACCAGUUUUUCGUCCGCUAUUUUAAUUUCAGCUAAGUUCGAACGGACUGAAGCAUCUUUUACGAAUUUUGGACAAGCGAAUACUAUCCUAGCCCGAUUCGAUGAUGCUAACUUAAAUUAUUCUAACUUUUCACAUGCGAAUAUUAAGCGUGCUUCAUUCGUACGCGCUAAUCUGAAUGAAGUUGAUUUUUCUCGUGCCAACCUAUAUAAGGUUAAUUUUAAUGGUACUAAUAUUACAGACAAACAAUUGCACAGCGCUUUAUCUAUUCAAGAUGCUUUACUGCCAAAUAAAACGCUUGCUCAGGAUGCCAACUUGAUUAAAAAUGGCCAACAUGAUUGUACUAGUUCUGCUAUCAAUGGUUGGACACUGCAAAGUGGAAAUGUCAGUAAAGUCAUGUUUGGCAAGAAUGAAAUUAAUUGUCAGUUCACGUUACAAUCAAUUUCUACCGGAGCUACUAUGCAUCAACGUGUCAUUUUAUCUGGCAUAUGGGAUUCAAGUUCUUGGCCGUACUCUCAAGCUGUGUUGAGGGCAAAUAUGAGCAUCGGUGUGACCAUGCAAUUGAGAGGAAUCGACAGUAAUGAUCUAGUUCUUGCUCGAUACAGUUUAAGUAAGUUCCACUAUAUGCUUGCAUUGACUAAAUUUUAUCUUUUGCAUACAGAUUCCACUGGCACAAAUGACAGCUUAAUUUUGAGUGACGAAAUUCGACAACUAGAAGUGUUCAUCGAGUUUAGUGCAAAUGACAAUUGCGGAAAUGGAACAAAUUGUUGGUGUAGUGACAUCAAGCUCUUUAUCAUCUAUGGUACAUAUCUGGAGUUAUUUCGAGGGGGUGAGUAG